CUUAGAUACAGGGCAGAUACCACACGACAUCACAGAGGCGUUGACUGUUUAUAUACUGGAUCAAGUUUGCAUUUUGUAUUAUAAUUUCAACGUCAACUCUCAGAAACACCAUGAGGUGGAAAGGGAAAAUGGCUGUCUUACUUGUUGUUGUGGUAUCUCUUUAUUUCUCGAUCACUGUCCUAUUCAAAACAACAGCUAAUCCGCCUACACAUUCAGAUCUGAGGCGGUUUACAAGUAGCACAGUAAGCCGAAAUAUACCCUCCUUUUUAAUUCAUCCACAACAAAAGUGUUUUAAGGAGUGCGUGAAUGAUACCGUUAUACUGGUGUUAAGCAAAGCGUCACACAGACUAAGACGGAGAGACAUUCGACAGACUUGGGGGAACCUGGAAAUGCAAAAGAAGUACAAUUUGUGUUUAAACUUCCUGGUUGGUAUAGACGAAAACGUAUCUUUGAGUAUUGAGAAUGAUGAUUAUGGGGACAUAAUUCAAGUUGAUAUUGAAGAAAGCUACUACAAUUUAACCGAUAAAACUAUCGCAGCUUUCCGUUGGAUGGCACAGUUUUGUUCUGAAGCAAGAUUCUUUUUCAAAGUGGACGAUGAUGUAUUUGUAAACAUAGCGAAUCUACAAGCAAUCCAGCUCAAGUAUAACAAACUUCUAGACGAUGAGCAUAUUCUAGGAGCAUGCAGUCAUUUUGAUUUACCAUGGAGAACAGCGUCCAAAUGGCAUGUUUCGUUUGAGCAAUAUCCCUUUGAAACAUAUCCGCCAUUUUGUUUUGGUCCGGGGUAUUUGAUGACGUCACAUACUGCAUGCAGAAUAUAUGAGGAGAUGUUGCAUACAACGAUAUUCAAAUUAGAGGAUGUGUAUGUUGGAAUGGUGGCAUAUAGAAUAGGGAUACAUGUACAUAACGUUGAAAAUUUCCUUCGGGAUUUUAGACUAAAUCCAUUGACGGGCUGGAUUUGGAAACAUUUUUAUAUGCAAUGUACCGUUGUUUUGCAUUAUGUUACACCGGCACAAAUCCAAGAGUUAUGGAAUGAACGGCACGAACAUAGAUGCAAUAUAGAACAAUGUUCUAUUUGGAGAAAGGCUAGUUGUAUUUUCCGUGUAUAUAGACUGUAAUACCAUAUUACGUUCUUGAAAUAAAUAUGAUGUCUGUUUCUGCACGUGCUGAA